CCCACCAUCUUCUUCCUUCUUCAAUUCAAACCCCAUAAACCCCAGAACAAAACCCACAUGCUUCUUCUUCCCUUUUCCCCCUCUCCUUCCUCUCCCUCUUCUUCCCUUUUUUCACCAUUGGAACUGUAAUUACAAACCCAAGAACUUGAAAACCCAGAAGAAGAAGAAGAAGAAAGAAAGAAAAGAUGAUCACCGGCUCCGAUUUCUACCACGUGAUGACGGCAAUGGUGCCGCUGUACGUGGCCAUGUUCCUGGCGUACGGGUCGGUGAAGUGGUGGAAGAUCUUCACCCCGGACCAAUGCUCGGGAAUCAACCGAUUCGUGGCCUUAUUCGCCGUCCCGCUCCUCUCCUUCCACUUCAUCUCCACCAACGACCCAUACGCCAUGAACUUCCACUUCAUCGCCGCCGACACCCUCCAAAAAAUCAUCAUCCUCGUCGCCCUCGCCUUCUGGUCCAACCUCACCCGCCGCGGCUCGCUCGACUGGACCAUCACCCUCUUCUCCCUCUCCACCUUACCCAACACCCUCGUCAUGGGAAUCCCUCUGCUCAAGGGCAUGUAUGGCGACGCCUCCGGGACGCUCAUGGUCCAGAUCGUCGUCCUCCAGUGCAUCAUCUGGUACACCCUCAUGCUCUUCAUGUUCGAGUACCGCGGCGCCAAGCUCCUCAUCUCCGAGCAGUUCCCCGACACCGCCGGCUCCAUUGUUUCCAUUCACGUCGAUUCCGACAUCAUGUCGCUCGACGGCCGCCACCCGCUCGAGACCGAGGCCCAGAUUAAGGAGGACGGCAAGCUGCACGUCACGGUCAGGCGCUCCAACGCCUCCAGAUCGGAUAUCUUUUCGCGGAGGUCGCAGGGAGGACUUUCGUCCAACACCCCGCGUCCCUCCAAUUUGACGAAUGCCGAGAUUUACUCUCUGCAGUCCUCCAGGAAUCCCACCCCCCGCGGGUCCAGCUUUAAUCACACCGACUUCUACUCGAUGAUGGCGGCGGGUCGGAGCUCCAAUUUUGGGGCCAAUGAUGUGUAUGGUAUGUCGGCGUCCCGCGGCCCGACUCCCAGGCAUUCUAAUUACGAUGAGGACGGUAAAGGGAGGUUUCCUGGGUACGUCCAUGGGGCUCCGCCGCCUCCGCCUGCCCAUUACCCGGCUCCCAACCCGGGGAUGUUUUCGCCGACCACCGCGGCUAAGGGUGCCGGUGCUGCUCCUCCUCCCCCUCCGGUUAAGAAGGGGAAUGCUAACGGCCAGCAGAAAGGCGGUGGUGGUGAAGAAGGGGGGAAGGAUCUUCAUAUGUUCGUGUGGAGCUCGAGCGCGUCCCCGGUUUCGGAUGUGUUUGGUAGCCAUGAGUACGGUGGUCACCAUAACCAUCAUAAUGACCACAAGGACGUUAGAGUGGCUGUUUCUCCAUCUGGGAAAGUGGAGCAGAGGGAGAAUCAUGGCGAGGAGUACUUGGUGGAGAGAGACGAGUUCAGCUUUGGGAACAGAGGAGGGGAUAUGGUGAUGAACAAUGGCCACGAAGGUGGUGGCGCCGAUGGGAAGGCGAAAAUUAUGCCCCCAACGAGCGUGAUGACGAGGCUAAUUCUGAUCAUGGUGUGGAGGAAGCUGAUCAGGAAUCCCAACACUUACUCCAGCUUGAUUGGUCUCAUCUGGUCCCUUGUCUCCUUCAGGUGGCAUGUAACAAUGCCUGCUAUAAUAGCCAAGUCCAUCUCGAUUCUGUCAGAUGCAGGGCUCGGCAUGGCCAUGUUCAGUCUCGGGUUGUUCAUGGCAUUGCAGCCAAGGAUCAUAGCAUGUGGGAAAUCAACAGCAGCUUUUGCAAUGGGGGUGAGAUUCUUUGUUGGACCAGCUGUCAUGGCAGCUGCUUCCAUUGUGGUUGGCCUCAGGGGCACUCUCCUUCACAUUGCCAUUGUCCAGGUUUGUUUGUUUGUUUCUCUGUUGCCCUUUUCCUUUUGGGACCCCAAGCCUUUUGUAGGGUACCCUUUGUGUGGUUUUGUUUGUGUUUUGCCCCCUCCUGACACUACCAAUUCCCCUCUCUUUCAUUAUUAACUCCUGAAACAAGAUCUUUAGCUUCAUUAUCAAUUGCUUAUAUGAGGAUAAGGCUCAAUUCUUUCCUUGUAGUGUUUACUUGUUUGGAUUUACUAUCUUAACUCUUAGCUACCUGUUUGUGUAGUACAUGUACCAUAGGAAUGAUGAAUUCUUACUAACAGUAAAUGUUGUUUUUGUGUGAAUGGACAAACCCAACCCUCUCCCCCCCUUGAACAAAAAAACAAAACAGGCAGCUCUACCACAGGGGAUUGUUCCCUUUGUCUUUGCUAAGGAAUACAAUGUGCAUCCUGAUAUUCUAAGUACUGGGGUCAUAUUUGGGAUGCUCAUUGCCCUACCCUUCACCCUUGUCUACUACAUUUUGCUGGGACUAUGAGAAAGGAGGAGGAUGGAAGAGAUGGACAAGAGAGAGAAUACUGAAAAAAGGUUAACUAAGCAGCAAGGUUAAAGAGGGAGGUUGAAUGUCAUUCAACCAAACAAUGCCUUGGUAGGAUUUUGUGGUUUUGUGAAGUGAAGAAGUAGGAAGCAAUGGGUCAAAGCAGCAAGCAAUCUCAAAUGGCCUCAAACCAAGUCUGAGAUUCACUGACCAAAAUCUUUUGUUGUCCCUUUUGUUAUUUUCUCCCCCCUCAUUUUGAUGUUAGGUAAAAAGGGUUGCAAGUCAAAUUAUUAAGGAGCAAAAAGAACAAGAAAUGUCUCACUACUACCCUUCACAUUCCCCUUUGAUUGUAAUUAUAGUUCUCACAUUAACUUAUCCUAUGUUGUAUCAUCAAUUCGUUCCAACGAUGUUAGCACGUAUUAAACUUUCCGUAGCCAAAUUCACCAAGUUGAUCCAUCUUUUCUAUUUUUCGUUUUCAUGAAGAAUAGUAGUGAUAUGAUGACGGGGGACCUCAUUGGAAUAUUAGGGGACAAACAAUGGUCACUUUCUUCUGCUACCAAUGCCUUGGCCUUGCUCUCUCUCUCUCUCUCUCUCUCUUUCUGGCUGUUCUGUCUUCUCUGAUUAAGUGAUUCCUCAG